AUGCAGCAAAAAAGGUCGAGAGACGGAUCUCCGUUUGCAGAUAAUGAAAUUCAGAGGAAGAGAGUACGAUCCGUAUCUGAUGGAACCAAACCUAUGGACUGGGAGGCGAGUCAGCCCAAGGACCAGAUCGCAACAGACGCUCAAAUCGAGCAUGUCCCCCCAAAAAACGUAUGCUAUGGUGCACUGACCGACGUUAAAGCUGAAGUUACCUACAUUAAAAUUUCAGAUGGCUUAAUUCAACCUUGGACGUCUUUCCAUAGCUUCGACUUGCGGCAUCAAGAAGGCGCGUACCUACUAUCAAAGCCUGACAGCACUACUUUUGGACUGAUCGAUUUUCGUACCGCACUCUGCCUACGCCGGCUUCAAGGCUUCGAUGGGGUGUUCUUUCGCGCGGUUAUAUCUUCUAUUAGUUUUGGGAAGAUCCCUCGGAAGCCAACAAAGAAGAAGACCCGAAUUGACAUAACAAUAAAUAUCGUCGGACCAGAAGGCACCAUCCAUAAAGUGGGAGAUGCGCUCGAUAACGCUCAUGCAUACCUUCAACAUCCCGUAUUCCUAGAAUCUGGGACUAAAUACUUGAAUCCCCAUUAUCUUUAUGAUGGUGAUAUUAUGUCAGACCUAAGGCACCUCAUCGGGCCGAUGCCUGCCGAUGAAAGGUUGCAGCGAAUGUCGCAAGCGGUGGAGAAUGUUUUGGAAUCAUUGGGAGAGGCCCACCUUCCCGUAUCCCACACAACCGACGUGGAGUCGAUAGGAAAUUUUCACCUAAUUGGUACCAAACUAAAGCCCCACCAAAUUGAAGGCAUCCGUUUUAUCCUUUGCCGUGAAGACUCAGCUCUAUCACAUACGAUAGAUAGUGAGUUCCUACAACUAGUUGAAACAUCUCUAGUGCCACAGCGCUUAGGCGCAUGUCGUGGCGGUAUUAUCGCAGACGCUAUGGGCUUGGGGAAAACAUUAACAAUGUUGACUGCUAUUACAUGCUCGAGGCAAGCAGCUGGGGAGAAUCUUGGUCCAACACUAGUGGUGCUCCCUUCGAGACAGAUAUUGGAUGUGUGGGAUUCAGAGAUCCAUAGACGUUUCCAGCCCGGCGCAAUGAAAUGUUAUCAUUUCCAUGGCGACUCACGCGUCAAAAAAAAUGAUGCUUUAUUGGGAUACGACGUAGUUUUGACCACGUAUCACACUCUUGCUGCUGAUUCACAAAAAGGUCGGGUUCUUCAAGAUUCCAACUGGCUAAGAGUUGUGCUUGACGAAGCACACUGGAUUCGGAAUCAGUCAACCCAGUUGUUCAAAGCUGCUCAAAGUCUUAGGGCCGAGACCAGAUGGUGUUUAACUGGGACACCGAUCCAAAAUAGUUUACAUGACCUCAGAUCACUUUUAAAAUUCCUUCGCUUCACUCCUUUCUGUGACAAAGGAUUAUUUGAGAAGCAUAUCAUCGACCCACUUCGAACCGACUCCGACACUUCCUUAGUCAAUCUGCAAUACCUCCUUCGGAUUAUCUGUCUGCGUAGAAGUAGCUCUCUUCUAGAACUUCCGCCAUUAGAAAUGAAGAUAAUACCCGUUGCACUUUGCGCAGAGGAACAAGCAAAAUAUGAGAGCAUUCUUGCAGACUGCCAGAAUGAAUUCGACAAAUUAGUCUGCAUGGAUCAAAAAUCAAAAACUUGCGUGCUAUUUGCCACAAUGAUGAAACUAAGAAGGCUUUGCAAUCACGGGACGGUUCCACUAAUAGCUGAUUUCAGUCGCUCUCCUGCCAUGUCCCCAGGGCGCGAUGUCCCUACAAGCGACGGAUGCCAGCUCUGCACUAUAAAUGGAUCCGACACACAAGCCAUGCUAAACGAGCUUGAAGGUUGCCCGGAGUGUGGUCGGCUGCUAAACAUCGACAUAAUUCCUAAUCUCGGGGUCGUAUCAGAAUAUAACCCCGUCGUAUCUGCGAAUCUGCGCCCUCCAGCUCCUGAUUUUGGAAUGCUAUCGCCCCCAACUUCUGAACAGUUUUUUCCAGCCGGAACACAGUAUCUAGCAGAGCCAGGAUACUCUUCUAAGCUCAGCGCCGUUGUUUCCAACAUCAAAGAAUCGUCUUGUUCUGGAUCGAAGAGCCUUGCUUUUACAAAGUGGCGUUCAACACUGGAAAUACUUGGCGAAAUGUUUUCGAACGUCGGAAUCAAGUUUCUAAGAAUAGAUGGAGGCACAAACGCAAUCAAUAGAAGCUCGAUUGUAAAACGGUUUCAAGAGGACGCAAGUAUAUCUGUGCUGAUUAUGACUAUAGAUUCAUGCGCUGUUGGUUUGACAUUAACAAACGCGGACAAAGUCCAUAUGAUUGAGCCACAGUGGAACCCCGCGAUAGAGGAGCAGGCUAUCGCAAGGGCCUAUAGGAUGGGGCAAAAAAAAACCGUUACCGUAAUCAGAUAUAUUACAGAGAAAACAGUCGAACAGAAUAUUGUUGCCCUACAAGCGAGGAAGAGUCGCCUUGCAAAGUUUUCUCUGAGCGAUACAGCGGAUGGUGAUCUUGGAGGAGCCUUAGAGGACAUGAAGUUUGUGUUGAACCCGGAGUUUUAA